AUGUCGGAUACGAAGGGUCACGAAGACAUGCAUGAAGAGGUGCACGGCAUCUCGAAUGCGGUGGAUGACACUCCUCAGGUCAUUGCGGGAUACGGCGAAACUGCCAAGCGGGCAGGUGCGCACACGAAAGAAGUCCACAAUGCCGAGCUCUUUGCCGCUAUUGAAGAGACCAAAAUUGAACGCUGGAGCGCCACGUCCAUUCACCUUUAUUUCUGUAUCUUUGUCGCUUUCCUCUGCGCGUGUGCGAAUGGGUACGAUGGAUCACUCAUGGGAUCCGUCCUCGCCAUGGACCACUGGCAAGCCGUCUUCAAAGCAGGAUUGACAGGCGAAAAGGUGUCCGUCGUCACAUCUCUCUACACCGUUGGAUCUAUUGUUGCGACUCCAUUCAGUGCAGUCAUUUCUGAUAGGCUCGGUCGGCGCAAGUGUAUGUUCGUUGGUGCUUGGGUUAUCAUUAUUGGCUCCAUCAUCAUUUCAACCGCCAUGACCCUGCCCCAAUUCGUUGUCGGCCGAUUCGUCCUCGGAGUCGGAAUUCAGAUCAUGGUUGUCUCGGCUCCUGCCUAUGCCGUUGAGAUCGCUCCGCCGCAUUGGCGCGGUCGUGCUGUCGGUUUCUAUAACUGCGGUUGGUUCGGUGGCAGUAUUCCUGCCGCUGCGAUUACCUAUGGAUGCAACUAUAUGGAUACAAACUACCAAUGGCGUAUCCCUUUCAUCUGCCAGUGCUUUGCUUGCGUCAUGGUCAUUGUGUUCGUGUGGUUCAUUCCCGAGUCGCCCCGUUGGCUGCUCGCACAGGGUCGUGAUGAAGAAGCGACUGCUUUCUUGGUCAAGUAUCACGGCAACGGAGACCCCAAUGCCCGUCUUGUUCGUCUCGAGAUCGAGGAGAUGAAGGAGGGUAUUCGCAUUGACGGUAUUGAUAAGAGAUGGUGGGAUUACCGACCUUUCAUUACUACCCAUAGCGGUCGUUGGCGAUUUGCGCAGGUUAUCAUGAUCUCCGUCUUUGGACAGUGGUCUGGUAAUGGUCUUGGAUACUUCAACGCUACAAUCUACAACACCCUUGGAUACACGUCGAGUUCGAUCCAACUUCUUUUCAACUUGAUCAACUCUAUUGUGUCAGCUAUCGGUGCUGGUGUGGCAGUCUCCCUGACAGACAAGAUGCCCCGUCGUCCGGUUCUUAUUUGGGCCUGCGCCAUCACAAUGGCUAUCAAUGCCGCUAUCUCCGUCCCCAUCGCCGAGCACGGAAGUAUCAGUAAAAGCAAGGGCCAGGCCGCUCUCGCAUUCUACUACCUAUUCAACAUCGUCUUCUCGUUCACUUACACCCCCCUACAGGGUGUCGUUCCCGCCGAGGCACUGGAAACAACCACCCGCGCCAAGGGUCUCGCGCUUUCAGGCUUCAUGGUCAGCUCGAUCAGUUUCAUCAGCCAGUUCGCAUCACCUAUUGGCUUGGGAAAUAUUUCUACCAACUAUUUCUGGAUCUUUGUUGGCUGGGAUCUCAUCGAGGUGGUCUUUUGGUACUUCUUCUGUGUUGAGUCUCAGGGUCGUACUCUUGAGGAGUUGGAGUGGGUUUACCAGCAGCCGAAUCCAGUCAAGGCAUCGCAGAACCUAGACAAGGUCGUCGUGCAGGAGGAUGGUACUGUUACUGAGAAAAUUGAAGCGGAUGCCUGA